AUGGAUAUUGAUAUGAAAACAAAAAAAACAAGCACAUUAUCAGGACACAAAGCGUGUAUAACUAAAAUAUUAUUCAGUGAUGAUGAAAAUUAUAUCAUAAGUUCAAGUUUAGAUAAUACUGUUUGCCUUUGGAAUGUUAACACGUUUUUGCAUAUAAAUACAUAUAAAGAUGUUCAUAAAAAGGGGAUAAAUGAUAUAGCUCUUUUCCGAGAUAAUACAAAGUUUUUCUCAGCUGGAAAUGAUUCACAUGUAUAUCUUUGGGAUACCUUGUCCAACAAAAUUUUGAACAGAAUUAGCGUAAAUGAUAAGGUAAAUGUAGCUAAAUUACACAAAGAUGAAAAAUUACUUAUUUGUAGUAAAAAUAACUCAGUCAAUAUCUAUGACUUUAGGGAAAGAGAUUUCAAAAAAAAAAAUACACCCUUACAAGUUCUUAACGAUGCAAAGGACCUUAUUUCUGACAUAUUUGUCGACGACUUUGAAAUAUACAGUUGCAGUAUCGACAACUCGCUGAGGCUCUAUGACAUUCGAAUGGGCAAAAUGAUGAGCUACAAUAUGCACUCCUCCAUUCUUAGUAUGGAUGUAACAAACGAUAGAAAUUAUGUAUGUGCUUAUUUGAUAGACAACACUAUUAAAUUAGUAGAAAAAAAUAGCGGUAUUGUGCUAGGAUUAUAUAAAGGUGAUACAAAUAAUAAUCAUAGAAGGAAUAUAAAAUUUGAUACUAAAAACAAGUUCAUUUUUUCCUGUUCUUAUAAAGACGAAUUGUGUAUAUAUGAUAUUGUUAAGAGUAACAUAAUAAAUAAUGAUACAUUUUAUGAAGGACUGAAAUAUGAAGAAGAUUUAGAUAUUUACAAAGAUACAUAUUAUAAAUUGCAUAUUGGAAAUCCAACAUACUAUUUAAAUAUUAAUAAGCAUGUAUUAGCAGAAAAUACUUACAUAGACAAACAUAAAUAUAAUUCAAUUUUAAAUAAACACAAGUAUUAUGGUAAAAAAGAAUCUAAAUCUUCAUUAGAUAUGGAGUUCCAAAACAUAGACAAUAAAUUAGUAUGUGGUGAUAUAUAUGGAAAUAUACAUAUAUUUAAGUUGUAUUAUUCCUAA